AGUAAAACGAACUCUGCGCCCAAUAUAACUGACCGGCGCGGCGCACGCGCAAGCUUGCGAAACACAGCCAAUAUUUUAUAAAAUAAAUCAUGAUUGGGAUUAAUGAAACUAAAUAUUAUGAUCGGAGUGUUAAUGUGGAUUACCUAAAGUAAUAUUUUAAAGUGUUUUAAUGAUGAGUGUUUAGUGUAGUGAGGAUUUUAGUGUAGUGAAUAAAAAAAGUGAUGUCUCGGAGGGAUCUGAGAUUGGGGAGGGGGGAGUGCCCCCCAGAGCCGAUGCCUCCGCCCAGCAAGUGUGCUAAAGUGCUGUAUUACACAUGGAGGCUGUGUUCGGUGGUAUUCUCACAUUUCGUGAUGAUCAGCCUGGUGGUAGCGUACUGCAUCCUGGGUGCGGUCACUUUCGAAAAAUUAGAAGCACAGCAUGAAAAAGAAGUGAAGAUGAACAUAUCAAAGAUUCGUGAGAAUACAACCCAGAGUAUGUGGUUGAUGACGAGACAUGUGCCGCUACUGAACCAGAGCAACUGGACUUCGGGUGUCGUGGACAUGCUCAAGGAUUUCGAAAAUUCUAUACUGCUGGAGAUGAAGGUGCGAGGAUGGGAUGGUAACGAGAGUACCGAGCACAUCCAGUGGACCUUCACCGGUGCUCUCUUCUACUCCAUCAUAGUCAUCACCACUAUCGGGUACGGCCAUAUCGCUCCGAAGACCCAGACGGGGAAGGUGGUGACGAUAUUCUACGCGAUACUCGGUAUACCGCUGAUGCUGCUGUGUCUCUCAAAUAUUGGUGAUGUCAUGGCUUCCUCUUUCAGAUUUUUAUACUGGAGGGUGUGCUGUUAUGUUUGUACGAGACCACCAAAACGGCGCCAUCGUAACCAUCAAUACAACAUGAGACGUUCAGUACGGGGUGUCAGUACGCGGGGCUCGACGCGUCGCCGUCGGCCUGUUGAACGAGCUCACUCUGACACUGACUGCAGAUACCGAGACAGCGGCUACAGCAGCAGUCGUGCACGUCGCUCCCGCGUCCCCGCGCAGAUACAUCCACCAGCCCAGCCGGCACACUCGCGGCCGCGUUCACAACCGCCCUCGAUGCACACAAGAGGCUACGGAGCAAAAGACUUCGACCGAGAGGACGUAUCGCCAGUACAAUAUGAAAGAUACGACCAUGACAACUAUGAAGACGAAGAAGAAGAGGAGUUUCCAAAAAUAUCUUUGCCACUACAAGACUUAGAAGCAGCUUUGAAAGAUCUAGAUAAUCACCAAAAGAAAAUUUCAUCUAAAAGUGAACUUCGCAGCAAAUCUCUUCCGAGACCAUUCAAAGCUAGAACUGAUUUAACUCCUGGCACAGAAUUUGAUGAGCAAAGGCAUCAUGAUAGAGACGAGCAUAGAAACAUGCACGAUCUUUCAGACGUAGAUUUUGAAAAUUACCGAGAAAAGAAAGCUUUAGAAGAAAGAGAUAGACGAUUUAGAGAAAGAGAUCAGUAUUAUAAUAUUAGAGAUCACGAGUACGAUCCAGAAGACGAAGAUUUUGAAUUUCAGGCUCCGAGAUCUAGAAGACCACGCUAUGAUUGGAGAUCAGACCGUGGUCGUUCAGAGUUCUACGAGCGUGAUGAGUAUUUACCAGAACGACGGCGGGGGCGCAGAGCUCGGAGCGCGAUGGUAGAAUGCGAAACACGCUGGGAGGAUGAGUUCGAAGACAGACGUUUUGACCCUGGCCGGCGUCGUUUAAGACGUCUACACACUGUAGAAGAUAAUGUCCGACCAUACAGGCACUAUACUCCGUCUCCGGAACAAGAUGAAUGGAGUGACGAUAUGAUCGCAAUGCCAAGAAGAAAUCGACCGCCUGUGUGGGGUUCUCGCCAAUCUGAAAUAUAUACUAUAGAAGCACAAAAUAAAGAAGAGAUUAAGCCAGUGCCUAUAUGGUUAUGCGUGUUCCUGGUAGCUUCAUACAUUGUGGCGGGGACAUUCCUUUUUAAGCGCUGGGAGAAUUGGGAAUACCUGGACGCAGCGUACUUUUGCUUUAUCACACUCACCACUAUUGGGUUUGGAGACUUCGUGCCUGCGCAAGGUCAAAACAUGGAAGACUCGGCAGCAGCGGUCCACUCCAUUGCCUUAUGUUCUCUGUAUCUUCUGUUUGGAAUCGCAUUGCUGGCCAUGUCCUUCAACUUGGUGCAAGAAGAAGUACGCGCUAACGUAGCCGCACUCGCAACUCGUCUCGGCAUCAUUAAACCAAGGGAACCAGAUCCUGAUGCCGAUUAUUGACUUUACCGUAAAAUAAUGAGGAUUCCCAUUAAUAUCACAGAAGUGCUUUAUUUUUAUAACGACGCAUAUAAUAAAUAAAAAGGCUCUGAGAAUUUUCAGAGGGCUCGAUCCAAUCAAUGCAUUUAAUGUUAUUUUAUAGUUAUGUGAAUGUGAUAAUGAAAUAUGUGAACGUUAUACUAUUUGGUGUGUUAAUUACAAAAUUACCAAUCGACUUGUAAUAAUAUUAUUUUAUAAAUACUAUUUAAAUUUAUUAAACUGUACUAGUUGAUAAGUAUUGGAAAUAAAUUAGUCUUU